AUGGGAAAGUGGCGCAGGCUCCGCACGGCCUGGAAACUACACAGCCACCGGUGGGACCAGAAGUGGCACGACAAGCAAUACAAGAAGGACAUCGUCCUGGAGAAAGUGGGUGUGGAGGCUAAGCAGCCCAAUUCUGCCAUCAGGAAGUGUGUGAGAAUCCAACUGAUUAAAAACGGCAAGAAAAUCACUGCCUUUGUUCCAAAUGAUGGCUGUUUGAACUUUAUUGAGGAAAAUGAUGAAGCGUUAGUGGCUGGCUUUGGCAGAAAGGGCCAUGCUGUUGGUGAUAUUCCUGGAGUCCGAUUCAAAGUUGUCAAAGUGGCCAGUGUUUCUCUUCUGGCUUUGUACAAAGGCAAGAAAGAGAGACCAAGAUCAUAA